AGGGUAGCCCACAUCCAGUCCCUAAUGACCUCCCUCCUCCGUUUAUGUCCAUCGCCGACCUAGACGCCUCGCCGGGAUGUACUAAAGCGCGAAAUGUAUAGGUGAAGCCAGCAGACGUAUUUAAGAGCAUAGCAUCAUCGCCAUUCACUGGAUAACCCAUCGGCAUCUGUAUCCGUUCCAGCCAACCCUCCCUCCUUCAACAUGACAACCCUCCUCGCCCUGCUCACCCUCGUGACCUCCGCCGUCGCGCAGACUGCCACGGCAAAUUUCACCGGCACCGGCACCAUCUCUGUGUGGAACUCUUCCGACUGGACGACCGCCACGCCCGCCUCCUCCCUCGGCUGUCUUUCGCCCAAGGGCAAAUUCAUCGCGCCCUCCAGCGACGCCGCCUGCGGCGUGUUCACGCGGUUGGACAACUAUCCUUAUACCCUUUCGACGAAAGAGGGGAACUGCACAUUCAGCGACGAGACGCAGGAGCGCAACACGGAGAGUAUUUACGGGGGGACGGACCAUGCGUGGAACUGUCUGGAGCCGUACGAGGCCAACAUAUACGACGACUUGUACACGAUUGACGGCUUCCCCUACGUGUUCCUCUGCUCCGGCGACGUAGACUGCUACUUCGACGCGCGCCUCGUCCCCGCCCCGGGCUCCAGCGACGCAACCAGCAUCUGGCCGUUCCGCUGGGGCAGCCAGCAGUGGGGCAUCACGCCGGGCCACACGAUGAUCCAGCUGGUGUGGAACAAGAUGGCUGCUGUGCAGAAGCGGGGCGACGCCGUGGAGCCUGCGGGGUCCAGACUGAGCCUGGAGCACGGGCAGGCGCCUGCGCUGCGAGGACCCAAGGUCCUGGGGUAAUCCUGUGCAUGUCCGGGCGGUAUGCAUCCCGGCGCCGCUGGGGCCUCGAAACAAAGUAAAAGUUAAAGCACACGCCGUAGCUACCCAGCCUACAAUGUCUGCCUUGCAUAGAGAGAAUCUAUCGCUGUGUGUGAUUGCUUCCACGUCGCCGCCCUGCUCAUCCUUUUUCCUCCUCAUGCUCAGCAUGUUGAUGUCCUCCCAAUCUCCACCUUCACACGCACGAAUCCCGCAGGGCCGGAGACAGGCUGCGAUUCGCUGCGCAGGGGCGUGGUGGUCGAAGUGUGGUGCAUGAGGUGGCUUGUGCGAGAAGAGAGGAACGACGCCCAUCGGACUGCACCAACGCGGAUGCAUGCUUGCUGGGAGGAGAAAGUGAGGAUGCGUGGUGGGAUAGGAUGGG